AUGGAACAUCUUUUCCUCACCCUCCUCCUCUUCUUUGUCUCCUUCAUCACUAUUUCCCUCUUUUUCAUCUUUUACAGUCAUAGAUCCCAGCACAAUUAUCCCAACCUCCCUCCAGGCAAGCUAGGCUUUCCAUAUGUAGGAGAGAGCUUAGAGUUCUUGUCCGCUGGAUGGAAUGGCCAUCCUGAAAAUUUCAUCUUUGAUCGCAUAGCUAAAUACUCAUCUGAAAUUUUCAAAACAAAUCUUCUUGGCCAACCUGCAGCAGUUUUUGGUGGUGCUGCUGGCAACAAGUUCUUGUUCUCCAACGAGAACAAGCUCGUUGUAGCGUGGUGGCCCGACUCGGUUAACAAAAUCUUUCCCUCUUCGCUCCAGACAUCAUCUAAAGAGGAAGCCAAGAGGAUGAGAAAAUUGCUCCCUCAAUUCUUGAAACCUGAGGCCUUGCAAAGAUAUAUUGGUAUCAUGGAUACCAUCGCACAGAAACAUUUUGCCUCAGGAUGGGAAAAUAAAGAGCAAGUUGUAGUGUUUCCUUUGGCAAAGAAUUACACCUUUUGGUUGGCUUGUAGAUUGUUUGUGAGUCUUGAAGAUCCAACCCACAUAGCUAAAUUUUCUGACCCUUUUGAGCUUUUAGCCUCUGGUAUCAUUUCCAUCCCCAUUGACCUGCCUGGAACUCCAUUUAACCGUGCCAUCAAAGCCUCAAACUUCAUCAGAACUGAGCUUGUAGCUAUUAUUAGGCAAAGAAAGAAGGAUCUUGCAGAGGGAAAAGCAUCCGCCACAAAGGAUAUAUUGUCACACAUGUUGUUGGCAUGUGAUGAAAAUGGAAAAUUCAUGAACGAGCUUGAUAUUGCUGAUAAGAUUCUCGGAUUGUUGAUUGGUGGACAUGAUACAGCUAGUGCUGCUUGCACCUUCAUUGUCAAGUAUCUUGCUGAGCUCCCACAUAUCUAUGAUGCAGUUUACAAGGAACAAAUGGAGAUAGCUAAAUCCAAAGCUGCUGGUGAAUUAUUGAAUUGGGAGGACAUUAAAAAGAUGAAAUAUUCAUGGAAUGUAGCUUGUGAAGUGAUGAGGAUUUCGCCGCCACUUCAAGGUGCUUUUAGGGAAGCUAUCAAUGAUUUCAUUUUCAAUGGUUUCACAAUUCCAAAGGGUUGGAAGUUAUAUUGGAGCACCAACUCAACCCACAAAAGUCCUGUAUACUUCCCUGAGCCUGAGAAAUUUGAUCCUACAAGAUUUGAAGGGAAUGGACCGGCUCCUUACACAUUUGUGCCGUUUGGUGGAGGACCUAGGAUGUGUCCCGGAAAGGAGUAUGCUCGAUUGGAAAUACUUGUUUUCAUGCAUAAUUUGGUCAAAAGGUUCAAAUUUGAUAAGCUGAUCCAAGAUGAGAAGAUUGUAGUUAAUCCACUUCCAAUCCCUGAAAAGGGACUUCCAGUUCGUCUUCAUCCUCACAAAGCUUUAGACUAA